GUUCCUGUUGACAAAAGAGUAUUCCUUCGUCGAAGGAACUCUGUAGUCGUUUUCAGCAUUAGCGAUGUUAUAUUAUGAAUUUUCUAAAUAGUCUUGGCCAUUUGUGAUUUGAUGAAAAGGGUGAAUAUGUUUUUAUCUUCAAACAAUUCAUGGCAGCCAGAUAUUUGUCUUUAGUACAAGAGAAAGCUUUUGUAAAUGGCGUGUGGACAGAAGCAAAAUCUGGAACUACAUUUGAUGUAGUAAAUCCGUACAAUCAGUCGGUUGUGGCAAAGGUUCCUGACAUGAGUACUGGUGAUGCAGAAAAAGCAAUUAACUCAGCCUACGAAGCAUUUAGAACAUGGCAGAAUGUGUCAGCAAAGGAAAGGUCUUCCCUCCUUCGAAAAUGGUACCAAGUUGUUGAUAACAAUAAAGAAGAACUAGCCAAGAUUAUUACAGCAGAGUCAGGAAAGCCAUUGAAAGAAGCUCUAAAUGAAGUGUUAUAUGGUAAUUCAUUUAUUGAAUGGUUUUCUGAAGAAGCAAGACGCAUACAUGGUGAAAUCAUAGAAAGUCCAGUUGGCACCAGGGAAAUAAUGGUGGUAAAACAACCAAUAGGAGUUGUUGGAUUAAUAACACCUUGGAAUUUUCCAAUUGCAAUGAUAACCAGAAAAGCUGGAGCUGCACUUGCUGCUGGCUGCACCUGUGUAGUUAAACCUGCAGAAGAUACGCCACUGACAGCCCUUGCAUUAGCUAAGCUGACGGAGGAGGCAGGCUUCCCAAAAGGGCUUUUCAAUGUUGUUACAUGCAGUCGUGACAAUGCACCAGCUGUUGGAAAAUUAAUAUGUGAAAGUCCAAAAGUAGCUGGAAUAUCAUUCACAGGAUCCACCAAUGUGGGAAAGUUGCUCUACAAACAGUGUGCACAAGGAGUGAAAAGAAUUGGACUUGAACUGGGUGGAAAUGCACCAUUCAUUGUCUUUGACAGUGCUGACAUUCAGAAAGCUGUUGGUGGUGCAAUGGCAUCAAAAUUCAGGAACUGUGGCCAGACAUGUGUCAGUGCAAAUCGUUUCUUAGUGCAAGAAAACGUAUUUGAUCAAUUUGUGUCAAUGCUGAAGCAAGAGAUGGUACAGCAACUUCGUCUGGGUGACACCACCAAACCAGAAAACAAUCUUGGUCCACUAAUCAACCAGCCUCAACUAGAAAAGGUUGAAUCAAUAGUGAAAGAUGCACUGCAAAAAGGUGCUAACCUUUAUGUGGGUGGUAAUCGUGCCUCUUCAGUUGGGCCAUUAUUUUAUGAACCAACGCUUUUAACUGGUAUUACUCCUGAUAUGAGGUGCUACAAUGAAGAAAUUUUUGGCCCUGUGGUCACUGUAAUAAAAUUCAAAAGUGAGGAAGAAGCCUUGGACAUAGCUAAUAACACAAAUUCAGGACUGGCAGGAUACUUUUACAGUAGUAACAUGGCCCAGGUACGAAGAGUAGCAAAACAGCUGUGUGUUGGUAUGGUUGGAAUAAAUGAGGGCAUUAUUUCAACAGCUGAAGCUCCAUUUGGAGGUGUCAAAGAAUCUGGAAUUGGUCGGGAAGGUUCUCAUCACGGUAUUGAUGAAUAUACUUUCAUAAAAUAUCUGUGUGUGGGUAAUCUGUGAAAUAUUUUUCCUGUUUUUCUGAAAGAAUUAAUUUUUUCAUUACCAUUAUCAUGUGUUGCCUGGAAAAACGAAAAAUGAUAUGAGAAAAUUGUAAAAAUAAGGAAAUAUUUUAUUAAUAGCUAUGAGCCUUCUGCUUAAAUUCUGUGUGUUGUUGUUGUUUUUAUUAUUAUUAUUAUCAUCAUUAUUGUUAUCAUUAUCACCUGCCCAAGGUGUUACCCGUGCCAAAUAAAUUUAAAAUACAUCCCCUGUUAAAGAGUGACAUUAUAUAAAAAGCUGCUGUUGUAAACAAUUUUGUUUUUGUAAAUGAGUUAACUUGUGUUGUACAGCAAAGCCAACUGUAGACUUGGUCAUUACAG